GGAGAGCCAGACCAAAACAAAAUCAGGAUUCAGGCAGGAAUACAAUUUUUUUUGUGGAGAACGAGUGUGUCGGACACGCCGGGUAGUGACAGUGGGGGCCUAAAUUGUAUAUUUAAAUAUGUUAAUUACAGCUUUUCUUGCCUUCUAUAUUUUUGCUGCUGUCGAUGGUGAUUCACUUCAGUUAGUGAAUGUGGUGUACCGCCAUGGAGACAGGUCUCCUACAAAUGCCUACCCAAAUGACCAUUACAAAGAGGACCACUGGCCACAGGGAUUUGGUCAGCUUUUGCAGUCUGGUAUGGUACGACAGCAUGAGCUUGGCCAGUUUCUUCGCAUCAAGUACAUAGAUUUUCUCAAUGCAACAUACAUUCGCACGCAGAUUACAGUCCGUAGCACGGAUGUUGAUCGUACACUCAUGUCAGCCGCCUGCAACCUUGCUGGACUGUACCCUCCUGCCGGUCAUCAAAUAUGGAACAGCACGAUCCCAUGGCAACCAAUACCAGUCCAUGAUGUUCCAGUUGCCGAGGAUUAUUUACUAAGAACAGAUGGGGUAAAAUGUCCACUCUAUGAUAAAUUGUAUGCAGAGGUGCUGAAUAGUCCAGAAGUGAAGAAAGAAAAUGAGGAUAAUAAGGAGUUCCUGGAGUAUGUUUCCGAGAUGGCUGGGUAUAAUACAACUUUAAAAAUAUCUGAUUUGUGGCAUCUUCAUGACCCAGUAUUUGUUGAGAAAUCUAAUAAUUUAAGCCUGCCAGAUUGGAUAACCGACGAAGUUUUUAAAAACCUCACUCUGUUGUCAGACAUUGGUAUGGUAAACUUGUUUAAAGGGAAAAAAAUUAGCAAGUUAAAAGGAGGCAAUUUAGUGCAGCAGAUGAUUAAAAACAUGAAUGAGAAAAUCAAUCCAACAGAUUCAGCAUUUAAAAAUAUGGCGUUUUACAUGUACUCUGCACAUGAUACAACUUUAGCUGCAUUCUUAACAGCGCUGCAAAUCUACAAUGGUAUUCAACCACCUUAUGCUACUUGUGUUGGUGUUGAGCUUUGGAAAAAUGAUAACAUGCAGCCGUAUGUGAAGAUAUGGUACAGAAAUGAUUCAACUACUGACCCUUAUUCCUUGACUCUUCCGGGUUGUAAUGUCACUUGUCUACUAGAUGACUUUAAGCAGUUAACUAAGGACAUAUUACCUGGCGAGAUAAAAGAAGCUUGUAAAUUGCCUAAAUCGGAAGAGAAUGAGUACCUGAUUCCAAUAGCUGUUGGAGGAUCUCUUCUAGUUUUACUUAUCAUUGCCCUUCUGCUAUUCAAGGGGCUAAGGAACCCAAAAUACCAGCGACAUAGGGAUGAAGAAGAGCGUCCUGAAAUAUGACAAUACAGCCCAGUUCCUGUGGUUGAGGAUCUAGAAAUGGGAACUGUGCGGCAUGCCUAGAAGAUUCUAUAAAUAAUUCCAUUUUAAUUUCAUUUUUCUCUAAUAAUUAGACAAAUAUUUUCCUUGUUUUUCAAUUUAAAAAUUUUUAGUUAAGAGGAGCUUCGUUUUUCAAAUAAUGGUAUCUUAUUUGGAGAGCAACUGUUAGGCAAGACUAUUUUAUACCAUGUUCCGCAAACUUUUUUAUUUUUUAUAUUGGCUAAAAACUGCCCGAAAAUAAAAUGUUAUUUUUAUUUAAAACCACCAUCGCCAUGGUAUAAAAAUGUCUGCCUUAAUUGCACAUUUUUAAUUUUUUUUUUUGUACUUGUUCUGCUCUUAAAGCAGAUUUGGGGCCCAUGGUUCUGCUUAUUUUAUCACCCAUGGUUCUGCCUAUUUUACAAAUAUUACUGUUGUGUGUAUGUUUAUAAAUACAUAAGGAAAUUGGAAUAUGUUUUUAUGUGCCAACUAUAUGCCUCAGAAAAGAGUCUAAUAACUUGCUCUCUUAGUUAUCUUUUUGGAAAUUCAAAUAUGUAAUAUUUAAAUGGAAUAAGUUAUUACAUUGAGAUGUUUAUUAUUAAUCCAACAACCCUUGAAAUAGGCAAACCUUUUCUUUGUUUAUCUUCUUAGAAAAUUAAAAUAUGUUAUUUAAAUGGAAUAAGUUAUUUAUUUAUUUUUUAUUAUUUAUUUAUAUGUAUUCUUUGUUAUGCAUUUGCAAAUUGAGGUAAACCUGAAACAAAUGUCUCGGUGUAAGCUGUGUUUAUUUCUAUUCUCAAUUUCAACCUCAUUUGUUUUGUAUUUCUUAAUUGAUAUGGACAUUGUCUAAAAAAUGGAAAAUUUAAAUGGAAUAAGUUAUACAAUAAGAUGUUUAUUAUUAAUCCAACAACUCUUGAAAUAGGCAAACCUUUUCAUUUUUAUGCAUUUGCAAAUAGAUGUAAGCCUGAAACAAAUGUCUCCUAAUAUUAAUAAUUUAUUGAAGUUGCACUUUUGUAUUACAACAGUGGCACGCUAUUGUAAGCUGAUUUUUUUAAAUUUCUAUGCUCACUUUCAAUCUCAUUUGUUUUGUAUUUCUUAUUUGAUAUGGACAUUGUCUAAAAAAGGAAUUUAAUUGUAUGACUUUACCAAAAUUGAAAAUUUAUAAUGUAUUGUUGUUUUGUAAUCUUUGUGUGCAAUGGAUAGUCCCAAGUCUAUUUUUUUCCCUUUCUUUUAAUGUAUCAUUUGUAAUUUAGCUGCAAAGCUACAAUGAUGAUAUUUUGAAAUAAAAUUUGAACUGCUAGCAGUA